GGUGCAGUCAAUAAUCGAGGCUUCAUUAAUUUUCGUGUAAUAGUUGAAUAGUCCCUUGAAUAGUGAUUUAUUCUCGUUUUGUGACAGUGAUAAUAUUCAGUCAGUAAUUCCGUAAUCAUGGGGAAAGGGUUCAAUAAUUAUAUGUGCAAAAAAUUUUUCCACCCUGCUUCGAGGGAUAAUUUGAAACGGGUAUGGAUGGCAGAACAAAAGGCUGAAGCAUAUAAAAAGAAACAGGAGGAACUACGACAGCAGUAUGAAAAAGAACAGGACCUCCAUGACAACAAAGCUAUGCUCAGUAAGGAAAGCAAGGAUAAGCUCAGCAUCAAUUUUAUGUAUGAACCACCUCCUGGCGCGAAAAAAGAAAGGGAAAGAGAAGAUAACGAACCUGAAUAUAAAUUUGAAUGGCAAAGAAAAUACAAUGCCCCUCGUGAGAGUUAUUGUAAAGGAGAUCAAGAAAUCAGAGAUCAACCAUUUGGUAUUCAAGUUCGAAAUGUGAGAUGUAUUAAAUGUCACAAAUGGGGCCAUAUUAACACAGACAAAGAAUGUCCUAUGUACAGUCUAUCAAUGAGUGCUGCAAGAUCUUUAGAGAAUUCUGAAAUAAUGGAUCAAAGUACACUUGUGAAUCAAAUGUUGGAGGAAGGUUUGGCUUUGAAAAAGCAACAUGCUUCCAUUUCAGAAACAUCCAAACAUCAGUUGAUAACGAAUGGCGAAGAGAAUUGGGAAGCUACUUUUCUAAAAUCGUUAUCCUUCAAACAGAAGAAGGCUCUCUUGAGGAAACUAGAAAAAAUCGAGAAAAGGCUCAACAAAAAAAAAAAAAAAGUAACUGUUAGUGAAGAUUCUGAUGAUUUAUAUACUUUGAAGAAAAAUCAAAGAAAAUCAUCUAAUAAAAAUUACAGAGGUGAAAGAAGAUAUGUAAAUAAAAAUUCUAGAAGCUUGAGUGAAAGUUCUGAUGAUCAGAAACAUAACAUCCGAAAUGAGCCAAUCCGGAAAAGGGCCAGAAAAGAUAGUUCUGCUCGAAAAGAAGAUGAGGAACAGAAACAUAUCCAAAAAAGUAGAGAAUAUAUGAGAACAAGAAGCGAAAGUUGUAGUGAAAAUGAAGAUAAAGGAAAAUACAAAGAGAAAAGUAAUGAAUCCAUACGUAGAACAGAUAGCACGUAUAAUGGGAGCCAAAAAAAGAGACAUGAAAAAAUUGGUGUAUAUGAAAUAAAUGGAAGAUCUAAUAAAAGUGACGAUGAAAGAAAACAUAAAACAGAAAAAUUUCGUGGGUCUUAUAACACAAAAUUUAAUAAUUAUGGGGAAAACAAAUUGGAAGGGAGGAAUAAUGGAUCGACUCGUAAAUCUGAAAGGGAGGCAUGUUAUGAGAGAGAAAGUGGGGACAAAAUGAACUUGAGCACAAAAAGCUCUAGUGGUAGCGAUAUUGAAAGAACAGAUGAAGAAAAAUAUAGUAAAUACAAAAAAUCUAAGAGCGACAAGUAUAAAGGAAGACAGGAUACCAAGAAUAAUCAUAGAAGUAGAAAGACAAGUGGUAGCAGUUAUACCGAGAGUGAAGAUGAAGAAAGACAUAAAAAUAGAAAUGGUAUUAAAUACCACAAAUCAAGAAAUUCUAGUAGUUCUGGGAGCGAAGAAGAAGAAGAUAGAAGUAGAAAAUACAGCCAUGUAAAGAGGUCAAAAAAAAGCGGCACUUGUGAAAGUAGACAUGAUAAAUACAAGAAAUCAUAAAUCUGGAGUUGAAUAUUGAUUUAAACUAAGAUAAUAAAGAGUUUGUCAUAUCAAUUUAGCAAUUUUUAGUGCAUUGACAUUACUUGUAACUAUAAUCUUGUACAUAUAAAUAUAAAAAAAGUAAAUUCAGAUCAAAUGAAGCA